AUGCUAGCAAAUAGAAUCAGGCAUAUACACUCCCAUGCUGCGUUGUUGAGACCUCUUCCUCCAUUUGAGGAAAUAAAAUCUAAAUUUUCUUUCGUAAAGGAGACAAAUAAGCUUGAUGAUGUUAAAAGCAGCGGACCUAAGGAGAAUGUCACAGUAAAUGGUUGGAUUGAAAACAAGCCUAAGAAGGUUGGCAAGAAUUUGACCUUUGCUACAUUGCGUGAUCAAUAUGGAAGUUUAAUACAAGUUGUUGAUGUUUAUUCGCUGUUAAAACAUGCUCAAGUUGAAGAUGCCGUCCAAGUAACUGGCAAUAUAGUACCUAAGAAGACGCGAUCUGACAACCCAGAAGACAAGCAGUACGAACUACAAGUAACAAACUUGGUAACAUUAAAUCGCUCUAAUCGUAAACCAUCACAAUUGCUGGACUUUAAAAAAGCUGGUAAUUAUCCUCCAGAAUACAGAUAUUUGCAGCUACGGUUACCCCAGUUUCAAAAGAGACUUCAGGCCAGGAACGAAGCUGCAAUGAUCAUUAGGAAUUUAUUAAACAAGCAUGAAUUCACUGAGGUAGAAACCCCUUUGCUCUUCAAGUCCACUCCAGAAGGUGCUCGAGAGUAUUUAGUUCCAACCCGAUUACGUUCAGCUGGGGUUCCGCAAUUUUAUGCUUUGCCACAAUCUCCACAACAAUACAAACAACUGCUAAUGGCGAGUGGAGUGAAAAACUACUACCAAAUAGCUCGGUGCUUUAGAGACGAAGAUUUAAGAAGUGACAGACAGCCUGAGUUUACUCAGGUGGAUCUGGAAAUGUCUUUUGCGGGUAGCAGAGACGUAAUGAAUGUUGUAGAAAAAUUAGUCAGAACUACAUGGAACCAGAUCUCUUCUACUGGCGAACUGCAUACCUUGGAUAAUGAAAAUAACAUUGUGCCGAUCACAAAUGACAAUCCUGCUCGUAUCUUAACGUAUCAGCAAGCCAUGACCGAAUACGGGAUAGACAAGCCCAACCUGAAGUUUGCGGACUUGAAGAUUGUAGAUCUCUCUAAAUUCGGCAAAAAUUCAGCUAAUCACGAAUACAGUAUUAUAGAAGCUCUCGUGCUACGGAAUGCAUGUAAAUCUCUGGAGGAUUACAAACAGCACUGGUCACAUCUCACUAAUCCUGUAAACUACAAGAAUAGAGUACCAUCCGUAAUACCAAUUAUCUCCAAGGAUACGAAAGCUACUUGGUUUAAUAUGUUGGAUCAUUCCAUAAAAUUCGAAAAUCCAUCAAAUGUUACAGAAGCCUUGGAUCUGAAGUUGGGUGAUAUAAUAUGUUUUUCUACAAGGCAGCCAUCACAAAAGUUAUUUGAGAAUCCAACUCCGAUGGGAAGAUUAAGGCAACUAGUUACUAAAUCGGAACUUGGGAAAAGGCUUUACCAAAAUACCCAGGCAGAUGUAGCCGCAUGGGUUGUGGACUUCCCAUUGUUCUCUCCAGUUGAGGUUCCAAUGGAAUCUAAAACAGAAUAUCCAACUUAUUUGCCUAAUGCAUUCUCUGCUACUCAUCACCCAUUCACUAUGGUUCAACUUCAAGAUUAUCAGAAAUUGGAAACUGAUCCUUUGGCGUGUUUAGGUCAACAUUACGAUCUUGUUGUAAAUGGCGUCGAACUGGGCGGCGGGUCCACAAGAAUCCACGAUCCUGAAUUGCAAAGAUAUAUCUUUAAAGAAAUACUCAAAAUUAACAAUCAAGAUGAGAUAUUUGGUCAUCUUUUGAAUGCCUUUGCCAUGGGCACUCCACCUCAUGCGGGUUUCGCUAUUGGAUUCGAUAGAAUGAUGGCGAUGAUGUGUGGAACUGAUAGCAUUCGGGAUGUCAUAGCUUUCCCUAAAAGUGUCACCGGCUCAGAUCUAGUGAUUAAAAGCCCAAGUUCCGUCAGCGAGGAAGUGCUUAAAGAGUACAACAUAUCACAACUAUCUGGUAAAAAAUAA